AUCAGUUAAAUAUUUUUUUUUAAUGAAACGUCAAAAAAUGACACUAGAUAACCGCAUAGGAGAUAGCGCCAUCUAUCGCAAAAAAUCUAAAUACACGUAUGUAACUAUCUUCUCAUCAUGUCAUCAAUUAAAUAUUGAAUUGUCAAAAUUCUAACCUAAUUUUUUUUGUUGACAUUUCAUUACAAAUCGAUAUUUAAACGAUUACGCCCACGAAGCUUAUUUAAUAUUCAACAUAAUGUAACAAAAGGGGUGUUUUAUUUCACACGCUUUCAAUAAUAACGUUCGUUUCAAACAAUAACCAUCGUUUAAAGGUUUUAGUCAUGUCAUUAGAAUUGUCAAAGAUAUUUGGAAAUUUUGGGGAGGUUUUAAAAGAUUAUUUAUUAAAUUCCUCGUUCCACGGAUUAAAAUUUUUAGCACAAACUCGAUUGCAUUGGUCCGAAAAGGUUUUUUGGUUUAUUUGUUGCGUGCUCAGUUGGUACUCCUCGAUCCUUUUAAUCGAAGCGACUUUAGACGAUUAUCAACACAAUUCGAUCAGUUUUGGGGUUGAAACGAAUUAUUUAGACUGGAAUACAUCGUUCCCCGCAAUCUUUAUCUGCGAAAGCGAUAAUGCAAAGAAAAUCUCAUCAUUUGCCGAUAAGACUUACGGUGACCCGAGGGAUUAUAAUUUAGACGAAAUCAUCAAGGAAAUCGUUUUUUAUAAAGGCUUAUCGUUCUAUACACUACAAAUUUGCGACAAAUCCAACCCGGCGUGCCUAAAAGAGAAUUUCGAAGAGAUUAAUCGAUUGGUUCGAAGCAAAUGCGAGGAAAUCGUUAAAAAUUGCGAAUGGAAUCGGAGAAAAUUUAAUUGUUGCGGGGAUUUUGUGAAAGUUUCAACCGAAUUUGGUGAAUGUUUCGCCAUAAAUUCAUUACAAACCGAGAAAAAUGAUGUAAAAAUGAUUUCUAAUCAUAACCAAGGUCCUGGUGAAUUCCGUUUUGAGAUUCACGGUUACGCAAAUUUAUACAUUUUGGGUAAAGAAGAAGUCCCCAGUUUGACCACUUCCCAAAUGGAAACAAUCCAAAUAACCCCAAACGUAAAAUACAAACGAUUAAUCGCUUUGAAUGAAAUCGAAAACGUCAAAGAGGUGAAAAACGUUGAUGUAUCUCAAAGAAACUGCAAAUUCUUGGACGAAACGGACGAAAUCGACGUUAAUCUUCGUUAUAGUUACAGCGUGUGCUGCGUGCAAUGCCGAAAAUCGGCUCAAAUUAAAAAAUGCGGUUGCGCUCACCACUUAGUACCAAACACGCCCUUUGAUUUAAGAUGUACCCCCGCCCAGUUGAAAUGUUUGAGCGAUAAUUACAACGAACUGUCGAUUUUAAAAUCGCCGUGGUCGAAUAAGACCGGAUUAAUUUGCGAUUGUUUGCCUAGUUGUACUGAAUCCGAUUUGAAAAUUGUUCGAGAUACCAAAAAGAAGAUUGAUAACGAUUAUGCGGUAGUUGAGGUGAGUUUGGAUCGGUUGCCGAGCGAACGAUACAAAAGGAACGUUUUAAAGGAUAAAUUGGGUUUAGUUGUUUCUACGGGUGGCACCGCUGGAUUAUUUAUCGGCGCCAGUUUAUUGUGCCUUGUUGAAUUAAUUUAUUAUUUUCUCAUAAAACCAUUUAAUAAUUACAUUAAAAAUGUUUAAAUCAAAAAUUAUUAAUAAUUAAAUACAGGAAUAAAAAUAAAUUUAUAACUAACUUCAUGAUUGUCAUAACGUGGUAACUUCAACUUAUUUAUCGGCACUACUUGAUUGUGCGUUAUUGAAUUAAUUUAUUAUUUUCUCAU